GUAGAAAAGACAGGCGUUACUGGUGAGAGAAGGCCAGUCACUAUGGCUUGUGUCAGCAGCUCUGUUCCAGUCAGGGAGUGCUGUUGGAUCUCCUCCCGUCCACCUCUCCCUACCAGAAUGGUUGAGCCCAGCCCUCCAGCGCUGCACCUCUUCUCCAGCGGGGAUGUCAGCAUGGCGAGCGUUGGUGUCAAAGUAAAACAGGAGGAGUCCGGCGGAAGAGGGGGCGUCAUUACCAAUGCCGAAGCUUCUAAGGCGUCUCCUUCACGUGAUUGGUCAGGUAAUCAUCCACUGGAGACCCGCCAAUUGACCCCACCGCUCUCCUGCUCCCCUUCGGAGGGCUCUCCAGGUAAGGAACUGCCUCACAGACAAAGCCCCGUGGGACAGAAGGAAGCCAGGAUCCAUGACAGACCACAAGGACAGUCCAACUUCAAGGAAGUAAUGCCUACCAUUGAGAAGCUGCUGAAUGCUGACUGGAAGGAGAAACUUCUGGAUAAAAGCACCGUGGGGGCAGGACAACUGAAAGGUACCCCCGAGUCUGUGGCAGAGAAGGAGCUCCAGUUACUGAUGAUGAUCAACCAGCUGAGUGGUCUGAGGGAGCAGCUGCUGGGAGCCCACUCUGAGCAGAGAAACAUGGCCGCCCUGCUGCUGGAGAAACAGCAGCAGCAGAUGGAGUUGGCUCGACAACAGCAGGAGCAGAUCGCCAAACAGCAGCAGCAGCUGAUCCAGCAGCAGCACAAGAUCAACCUGCUUCAGCAGCAGAUCCAGCAGGUGAACAUGCCCUACGUGAUGAUCCCGGCUUUCCACCCCAACACUCAGCCCCUCCAGGUCACCUCUGACCCCCAGAUGUCCUUGCCACUGCAACCAAUCCCCUGCAAACCAGCCGUGGACUAUCCCAUGCAGCUGCUGCAGAACCAUCACCCCACCCCUGUCAAGAGGAGCAGUGGGUCCUUCCGACAGGAAGCCAGUCAGCCCUUGAACCUGACCUCCAAGCCAAAGGGACUGGAGCUAGGGAAAACCCCCAGUCCGCAGAGCCUGGACAUGGGAUCGCUGGCUCUGCAGGGGGCCUACAGGCCCAGAGACCUCCACAGAGAAGUAUCCCACAGCCCGUCACGAUCUGCCCUCAGUUUCCUUGGAGAUGGUGAUGUGGUCACCCAGGCCAUUCAUGAUGCCCAGCAGCUCCUGAGGAUCCACAGCACCGGAGGGCGAGAGAGGCACAGGGACAGAGACAGAGAGAGAGAUGGUGGUGGAAAGAUGGACUAUAAAGAUUCUCCCUGCAGUGAGAUCAUUUCUCACUCCGAGCGGGUUGAAGACAGACAAGGCCUGCCGUCCACUGAGGACCACCUUAGCAGUGACUCUGAAGGCGUCCUGCCUGUCUCAGUCCCAGGCAGCUAUGCUGAGGCCCGGCCCCCUCCCUCGGGCCACAUCAAGAGACCCAUGAAUGCCUUCAUGGUGUGGGCCAAGGACGAGCGCAGGAGGAUAUUGCAGGCCUUCCCCGACAUGCACAACUCCUCCAUCAGCAAAAUCCUGGGCUCCAGGUGGAAGGGCAUGUCCAACCAGGAGAAGCAGCCUUACUAUGAAGAGCAGGCGAGGCUGAGCAGGCAGCAUCUAGAGCGCUAUCCUGACUAUAAGUACAAACCCCGGCCCAAACGGACCUGUAUUGUGGAGGGCCGGAGGCUGAGGGUGGGCGAGUACAAGGCCAUGAUGAAGAGCCGCCGGCAAGAGCAGAGAGCAACCUACACGCACAGUCAAACAGAACCACAGCAGAUCCACUACUCCCACAGUGAUGGCCAAUACCCGGUUGGUGCUGGUUCGGUCUCGGUGGCUACCAUGCCCUUUCACCCUGCGUUACUGGAGCAUUACCUGCCGCAGGCCCCGCCCACAACACGUCGACCAGAGGGCCAGGCCACACCUACUUCCCUGCCUAGAGAGCGAGAGAGGGAACGAGGGACGGAAAGAGAGAGGGAGCGGCCUCCAUGCAGCGAAGGAGAGGAAAGCGACAGGGGAGAGAGGAGCGAGGGGGAACUGGUGCUCCUGACGGACUGAGGGGGGUGGGGGUAAAGGAAAGUGGAGGUGAGGGAUGAGAGGGGAGCUGAGGAGGGGGGAGGAUGAACGGGGGAUAUGGGAAGGCACUGUUACUGAAUUAGAAAACUGCCCACCUGUCAGUGAAGAGAUCUGGUGAGAAAACGUCAAACACACUAGGGCUGACCCUGAAUAGUUGAAGAUUCGAUGGGCGGAGCCUGAUUUGACUGUCAAUCUCACAGUCAAGUGUUGCAACGGCGUUAUGAAAUGAGGAUCAUACCAUUUUGGCAGAUAUGGGGGUGCUCAACAUCUGAUUUUAAAUAGAACUACUAAGUUAAUAUACAGCCUAUAACAAUAUCAAUAUCAACAUAAAAUGCUGAAAAGAAACAUGUGAAAAGAAAGAAGUUUUUUUUAAUAAAUGCUUUUAAAGUGCGUGAAUAAAUCCAAAAUUGUAACCCUAACCCUUAAGGAAAGGGCAUCAGUGAGCAUGUGUGGGCUUAGCGUGUAUGGGUGUGGUGGUAGAAGAGGAACACCUGCUGAGGAGACUGAGUACCAGCUUCACUGGUGUUGUGCCGAGUUGUGCGACACUCAUAUGAUUGGACUAUCAGUCAACUAUAGGCCAGACUUGACAAUUCUGAUUCGGCUAUGUAAAUCCUUAGUCGGGAACAUCCCUAAAACACACACACACACACACACACACACACACACAAGGGCAGGCUUCACUGUAUCAGCUGCUUUGUUUUAGACUACAGACGGUGUAGUGAAGUUCUAAUGUAGGAGGUUUGUCAUUAUGCUUCUCUCUCUGCUUGGGGCAACAGGCCUGUGAUGAAGCUGUGUAAUCAGUAUGUCAGCACUGCCCCCUGCUGGUAAUGGCUGGUUAUUAUUAAUUGAAGAGUAGAGCUUAGAUUUCAUAGCUCUCUAUGUCCUUACCAAGAAACAGAAACAUACCUCUGCACAGCUGCCUGCUGAGUUCGACAGUAAAGCAUCGUAGUGUUGAGAACACUGAAAUGAUUUUGUCACACAGGCUGUUAAUAAAUUACAUCUAACCCAGCAAACGCAUGGUUCAGAUACCUGCCAACCAGUUCAAGUCAUAUGACAUGUUGAAGAAAGAUGGAAUCACAUCACAGCAGCUCUCAGCAGUUCUCUUUAAAUCUGCCUCACUUAAAACAACCCAUACUCUACAUCAGUCUAGAUCCGGGGUAAAGUCUGGGAUUGUGGGCCUCCCCUCAGACAAAGCUUGAAAAAGGCGCCCCCUCACACCCCCUCUACUUGUGUAGUUUGACUGAAUUUCUGGACACUCAACAAUCUGCAAAUUUUACUGUUUGAUAUAACUACACAUAAAAAGGUCUGUCCUCCUAUUUAAGUUUCUGGGAAACACAGCCGAAUUUCACAAACUACCGUAUCUCUCAUGCCUGUCUUUAACCAAUCCACACAUGUGUAGGCUGUGUAAUCUCACUUUGAUAACUAACAACACGUAAUGUCAUACUGUAUGACUUCCAUUCUCUGAGCCUCCCAUGAAACAGUUUAAAGCCCCCCUGGGGAGGCCUCCCCUCCCCCUUAGAAAAUCUCUGGUCUAGUGGAUCCAAGACGAGAUUUUUGUCUUUAAGUGAGUUGUUUGUAACCGAAUUGUGUUUGUCACCACCAGUGAAAUGAAUGUUUUAGUUAAGGCUUGUCUCGGCUAAUGGUUUCCUCUCAGAACAAAUUUUUAAUUAGCUGAAGCUCAGAUUAUAUACAGUAAACCCUCCUCCCUCCUCGUCCUCCCACAUCACACUUAUCAGUUGAGCUGUAAAUGCUGUAUUGGUGUCUAUCAGUUCUCUCUCCACAGCACAGUGGGUUGACCCCAGCUUCACCUGUUUUUUUAUACCUCUGUUUGCUUCUCUGAGUGUUACUGAUUGUCUGUGUAUCCAAAUGUUGUUUUCUUGCUGCUUUUUGCACGCAGCCCCCCGCAGUACUGCAGAAAAUAUCCAUACACAUCAUAUAGAUCUAUUUUUUUAAUCUUGAGGAAUUACUGUCACGAUUUUUCAGGAAUGGUCAUUUUCUUGGUACUAGUUCAGCGGGCCUUGUUCCAAGAUAUUCACACUUCUGAAGUUGCACUGGAAUUAGUUUCAGGUCUGAAGACUGAAAGUGAAACUAAACGCCAGCUCAGCCGGUCUCAUAUUAGAAUGAAGGUGAAGUUGCAUCUGAAUAGUCUAAAAUGUUGCCUUCUUAUUUAUUUUCCUGUUCCACAGCCAUCUAACAGGGAGGCAAAUCAAUCCCAAUCACAGCUGACAUGGGAGCUGCUGCUGCUGCUGCUCAGUGCAGGAUGUACUCUCUAAUGCCUGAUACAGAGAGACAUUUAUUGUUAUCAGCUAUCAAAGUGCUAAAGUUGUGGAUGACUGAAUUAAUGUUCAACUUUAUGAGGAUGCAGACACCAAAAUCAUCUAUGAGUCCCCAGUACAAUUUAGUUUAGCCCAGGGCUACACUAUGCUCUUUGAUAAUAAGGCUGUACUGCCAUGCUGGUGCUGAAAAUUAUAAGGAAGACAAACAAGCUUGUAAAAGGACUUUGUGUGUGACAGACAUGUUGAAAACAUGCCCGACUUCACUUUGGGAAAAAGGAAACCGCACAAAAUAUAGAUAGCUUUGGUGUCUUUGUUCUCACCACUCAAUGAUCAAUAGGACAAUCUAACGGAAACCUAGUGGACCUAAAUAACACUGGGGUCAAUCCACCUUCAGCUAACUGCAAGGCUGACAAAUCAAAAUGGCGUGCAAAGACAAAUGUCAGACCUCGGGGUCAGGGCUCAUCCUUUCCAGUCAUGGUCAGUGUAGAGAGAUUUAUCUUAUUUUAGAGUCACCCCUGCUGAUGUAAAUAUAGAAAGACUUUAUUUUGUUUAUAAGAGCCUGUGUAAUUUAAAGGUGUUUAUGUUUUCAGAGUUUUGUGUUGUUGGUUUUUUCUUGAAAGACAAUAAAUUGGUUGUGUUAA